AUGGCAAAGACUUUUUCGCUCGAGGGCAGAGGCCUGAAACUCGAUUCGGCCGCCGACAUGGACAAACACAUUGCUGAGCUCAAGUCCAACAACGACGUAGAGGAGGUCAUCUUUGUGGGAAACACUCUGGGCAUCGAAGCAUGCGAAGCUCUGGCCAAGGUGCUGGAGAACAAGAAGAAGAUCAAGGUCGCAAACUUUGCCGACAUCUUCACCUCUCGUACCCUCGAGGAAAUCCCAAAAGCAGUCGAUCACUUGCUCGCCGCUCUGCUCACCCUCCCCGAGCUCCACACCGUCAACCUCUCGGACAAUGCCUUUGGCUUCAACCUCGUCGACCACUUGCAACCCUUCCUUUCGCAGCACGUGCCGCUGCAGCACCUGAUCUUGAACAACAACGGUCUCGGUCCUGAUGCCGGCGUCAUCGUCGCAGAUGCCCUCACUACUCUCGCCGGGAAGAAAGAACAAGCUCGUAAAGAUGGCAAGACCGUCCCUCACCUCGAGACGGUCAUUUGCGGUCGCAACAGACUGGAGACCGGCUCCAUGAAUGCUUGGGCUAAAGCAUAUUCGAUCAACAACAAUGUCAAGACUGUUCGCAUGGUACAAAAUGGCAUUCGUCCAGAGGGCAUUUCCGCUCUCUUGCAGAACGGCCUGGGCAAGUGUACUGCCCUUCAAGUUUUGGAUCUGCAAGACAACACCUUCACUGCCAUGGGUGGCCGUGCUCUCGCCGACGUUGUUGCGAACUGGUCGUCCAUCACGGAACUCGCUGUGGGCGACUGCUUGCUCAGCAACCGUGGAGCUUUGAUGCUCGCAGAAGCCCUCAAGUCCGGCAAGAACAAGACUCUUCAGACACUUCGUCUCCAAUACGACGAGAUUGCUGCCAAGGGUGUCGAAGCUCUGUGCAAAGUCGCCCAAACCGAUGCUCUGCCCGUCUUGCAACGCGUCGAGCUGAAUGGUAACAAAUUCUUAGAGGAGGACACCAACGUGGAGGCUUUGAAGACAUUGCUCGAUGAGCGUAGAGAAGAGAAUGCCCCCAAUGCCGACGAAGAUGACGAGACCUGGGGUAUCGAUGAGCUUGACGACUUGGAAGAGGACAGUGACGAUGAGGACAACGACUUGGCCGAUGAUGAAGAUGCCGAGGAAGAGAGUAUUCUCAAGGACGCUGAUCAAGCCGAAUCGGAGAAUGUCGCCCAAGAGAAGAACAGCUCCGUCGAUGAGCUCGCAGACCUCAUGGGUAAGACGCAGCUCAAGUAA